ACAACGGUGCGUUCGUUUACCGUCACAUAUUUAUGGAUGAGUUUGAAAAGGAAUUUAAUGUGAAGCCAAUACAAUUUCCUAUAAUUGAUCCAGAUAUAGCAAAUUUACUUGCAAAACAUAAUCUUAGAUCCAAAUUAUUAAAUUAUACUGAUGUAUUACGUAUGAGUGCUGCACUGAUCGAUGAUACAUUAGC